GGUGAGACGGAAAGCCUGUCGCACUCAUCCGUGAUUCUCCGAAAAGUCAUCCGAGCGUGUCAUCGACUUUUCCGCACUUGCAUAAUUAUGCAGCUCCUGAUAAAGUGCGCGAUGGAACCUGCCUCUAUUCCGGAGUGGGGCAUCGUUGAGCUUCAAGGGGACAUCAAACAUCGGGAGGGUGAAGAGAGUCCCCUCAACGAUCUCCACGUCGGUGACCUGCACUUCACCAAAGAUGGGGUACCGGUGAUUCUCAUCGGGCAUCAUGUGCUCUACGGGAAGGUGGUGAACCUCGCCAGCCCCUAUAUGGUCACCAAACGUGUCCGCUCAGAGAAGGGAACAUCGUUCGAAGUUCAGGCUGUAAUCAAGUCCAAGGUCGUCUUCAGAACUCGACCGAAGCCCAUAGUGACGAACGUGGCAAAGAAAUAGCUGUGGAGAGAUAUUUCGCCUAGUCUCGAAAUCGUGGUGAAGAGUGCCCUCGCUCCAACCCAUGACCACAGGCCGGGGACGUGCGCUACGGCCGCAGCGCAGUUCCGCACUCGGAAUCCGCUCUCUGUAGCAAUAACCAAACUAUAGCGCCAAAUUUUCUUAGACGGUUUCGGUGAUCAACAGCUCGCUGAAUUUAUUUUAGAAAUCGACGAUGUGAUACUCAAA